AUGGUAGGAUCAAACUAUACCUCAGUGUCUGAAUUCAUCUUCAUCGGCUUCUCCAACUUCCCACAGCAGCUCAUGCCUGUCUUCUUUGUGGUGAUCCUGCUCAUGUACCUCUUCACGCUGCUAGGAAACCUGCUCAUCAUGGCCACCAUCUGGAUUGAGCGGAACCUCCACACGCCCAUGUACCUCUUCCUGUGUGCUCUCUCCAUCUCUGAGAUCCUCUACACCUUGUCCUUCAUCCCGCGCAUGCUGGCUGACCUGCUCUCCACCCACCACUCCAUCGCCUUCCUGGCCUGUGCCAACCAGAUGUUCUUUUCCUUCAUGUUUGGCUUCACCCACUCCUUGCUGCUCACCAUCAUGGGCUAUGACCGCUAUGUGGCCAUCUGUCACCCACUGCGCUACAAUGUGCUCAUGAGCCCCCGGGGCUGUGCCUGCUUAGUGGCUGGGUCCUGGGCGGGAGGCUCAGCUGUCGGCCUAGUGGUGACAACCUCCAUUUUCUGCCUCCCUUUCUGUGGCCCCAAUCAGAUCCCACAUUUCUUAUGUCAUGUGCCCCCGAUGUUGAAGUUGGCCUGUGGAAGUAACUUGCCAGCUGUGGCUCUGGGUGUGGGGCUGGUGUGCAUCACAGCCCUCCUGGGCUGCUUUCUCCUCAUCCUCCUCUCAUAUGCCUUCAUCGUGGCUACCAUCUUGAAGAUCCCAUCAGCUGAGGGGCGGCACAAGGCCUUCUCCACCUGUGCAUCCCACCUCACAGUGGUGAUUGUGCACUACGGCUUUGCCUCCGUCAUCUACCUCAAGCCCAAGGGCCCCUCCUUUCAGGAAGGUGAUACUCUGAUGGCCACCACCUACACCGUCCUCACCCCCUUCCUCAGCCCCAUCAUCUUCAGUCUGAGGAACAAGGAGCUGAAGAAUGCCAUGAAGAAGGCCUUCCUCAGGAAAUUCUAUUCUUCAAACAACUGA